GUUACUUACAUCAAUAUGUAUGUACGUAGGUUGGGUACCUAGGUAUGACAACUGAUCUAUCGAAUGAUUAUUUGGUUGGUAGACACUUGCCAGUUGACGCCGCUCUUGCCAGUUCUUCAUAGAAGUAUAUCAGGAGUAUAGUAACGGAAGCCACUGUCGUUGAAUAGAAAAUCAUUGAGUAGGUACCCUCAUGGGUCAUAAAAUAUGCCAGCCUAUCAACAAUCCCGCCGGUCACCUCGCACCUGCUUUCGGGCUGGGUAGUUAAAAUCACCGCAAUGUGCAGCCGUCGUGAAUCACCCUCGGUGAUCAGACGCACCUUCCUCCCACCGCAUCACCGCGUCCAUCACGAGAAUAGUCAUAAACAUAUUUAAACACGGGAAUAAUAUGCCCAGGAAUCUUAACCUGAACAUAUACCUACCGUCGAUUCAGAGCGAUAAGGUAGUUCCAUCAACUUACCUUACCGCCAACCUAGUUCUGAAUCUUCUCUUCACCUUUACCCUCACCUUCAUCUUCACAAAGAACACACUAUCACACCAACCAUCACACCCAUCAUCACACUCACUAUCGCACUCACUGUCUCACUGCCGCAUGAUAACAUCCCACCGGUGAGAUAGAUUCCAUUUCAUCCAUACGCAAACCAUACAAGCUAACCGAAAUAUCAGAUUGGCACUCGCCGUCAUUCCGAUAUUCGCGGCAUCCUGACAACGCUAGGACGGCAUUCACACGAUGCAUCGUGAACAGACCGACGAGGCCCACGAGGCUACCGAGAACGACAACAUCGUUCUUCUCAAGAAAGGUUUUGCGCAAGACGUCAAGAAGCGAGCCGUCGAGAACAUCGAGGCCAAAAUACCAUGCGUGUGCGGUCAGUACCUGUACUUCAGUCAGAAGUGCGGCCAUGUUUACAAGAAGGUCCAUCUGAAGUGUGGCAAGAGCACUUCGAAGAAAACAGGCAAGAUUGUCCUCUGCGCCGCUGGACGUCUUCGACAAGUCCACGUUGAGGACGCCAAGGUCCCCGUCAACUGCAAGAAAUGCGUUAACUCCAGUAAUCGAUGGAGGACCGAAGAAGUUCUCGAAAACGAACGCCGAGUUCAAGGAGAGGCUGAACGCCGAUUCAAGGAAGAGAAGGAACGCCGAGUCAAGCGAGCGGACAAGGACCGAUCUGCCAGUCCCGCAAGACGAGACCGAAAGCGAGGAACUGAGCGAGAGCGAGAGCGACCAGAAAACCCUAGAGAUCUCGGCUCCCAGAUCCCCAACAGCGACAUGAACGCGGGUCCUUCGCUGUACAACUCUCUCCCAGUCCGCGCCCGAGACAAGGAGAACGCGAAGGCGGGUUCCAAGGGUUUCAAGGGUUCAGAUUAAAGAUGAGGCGGAGGAUUAGGGGAUUAAGCUUGAAUGUGGAUGAUAUCGUACCUAGCAUCCGAUCGGGAAUACGUAUAUCGUGAAGCUUCAAUGCGGUACAUCGGGCAGGAUAAGGAAUGGGUACAUAGUUAACACAAAAAUCGCUGAGGUAUCGAUACGGAUCAUUUCCAUAUGAUCAUCGACCUCUUCCCUAUUGCACAUCAUCAAAGAAUCGAGAAUCGAAUUGUGGCUCUGGCGUGAAUUGUUCAAAGUUGUUAUGUUUACAUAAGCUAAAGGGGGUGAGGAUGAAGGGAUGAAAAGGAUAAGUU